CUGCUGUACCCCUACUACCGCAUGAAAGAGGCAGGUCUAGACACAGUGUUGAUUGGUCCUGUAGCAGGCAAACAGUACACAGGAAAACAUGGCUAUCCUGUGACCUCUGAAGUAGCCAUAGAUAACAUUUCUGCGCAGGAUCUGUCUGCUCUGAUAAUCCCUGGAGGUUGGGCACCAGACUACUGGAGGAGAGAUCCGAGAUUUCUUCAGCUGGUCAAAGAUAUCGACUCUCAAGGAAAGCCGCUAGCCACUAUCUGUCAUGGCGCCUGGAUGUUGUGCUCGGCCAAGAUCAUCAAAGGGAGACGACUCACCUGUUUCACUGCUGUCAAAGACGAUGUGGAAAAUGCCGGUGGCAUUUACGAGGACAAAGCUGUGGUCGUGGACAAGAAUCUGAUCAGCUCACGGGUGCCCGGAGACCUUCCAGACUUUUGUAGGGCAAUCUUGGCCCAGUUGCAGGCAUAG